AGCCCUGCAACAAUUGUUUGUUUCGAAACAUUUGAAUGGACAUCAAAUCAGCUGAUUGGGAUUUUAAAUUGUGUUGGGUGUUUACGUGGAAUUUAUGCGUACUAAAAUACACAAAAAAUAGAAACUGAAGUUCAUAAUGAUUGAAAUAACUGAUUUACAGAAAAUAGGCAUCGGCCUGGCUGGAUUUGGCAUAUCGUUUCUUUUCUUCGGCAUGCUAUUGCUUUUUGACAAGGGCCUUCUCGCUAUUGGCAAUAUUUUGUUCCUAUCGGGUCUGGGUUGUGUGAUUGGCGUUGAACGUACUUUGCGCUUCUUCUUCCAACGCCAUAAAGUGAAGGGUACCACAGCGUUCUUUGGAGGAAUAAUUAUUGUUCUGUUAGGUUUUCCUAUAAUCGGUAUGAUUAUUGAGUCUUACGGAUUCUUUGCACUUUUCAGCGGGUUUUUCCCUGUUGCAAUCAACUUCCUUGGAAGGGUGCCACUUUUAGGACCUCUCUUAAAUAUACCAAUUAUGCAAAAGGCCUUUUGAAACUGCAUCUACCCGCAACGACAAAGCAAAAACCGAGUUGACUGCAAAUUGGUUUAAUCUACACUAUGUAUUUUAACAUUUACAAGUCCAGCUAGUGUGAAAAUCUAAUGGUUUUUGUUCCAGUCCUCGCGCUCCUCGCGUUCCUUUACCACCUCGUUGAGAUAGGGCUCCAAGUACUUAACAUCUUCCUCGUACUUGGUCCACUGCUCCUUCGGUAGAAUUGUUUUGGUCAUCGACAGAUGCAGGGCACGCAUAAUGCGGUAAUUGCGCUCGUCAUACAGCUUGC